AUGAGGUCCCUACUGAAGCUGGCUGUGAUUCUGUUUUGUGUCCAGAGGGGAGAAGGCCACUGGCUGAGAUCACUGAUCGAUCAGAAACGAGAAACAGCAUCUCCACACACGUCUCCAAAUGAGGACAAAAGAAGCAGAUAUCCAGCUGAUGAGGACAGCCAAACAGAAGCUUCUGGAGUCGGGCCAUCACCCCAUCCCAGCAUCCCGAUCCCAGUCCGGUCACGCCGCUCGACGACUGAGUCCCCAUGCGGCCUGCGCUCCAUCCUGCUGCAGGUUCGAGACCUGGGGCUGGGCUACGACUCGGACGAGACUGUCCUCUUCAAGUACUGCGGCGGGAAGUGUCCCCGGGUUCUGUCCAACCACGACCUCACCCUCACUAACCUGCUGGUCAGUGGGGUGCUCCCACACCCGGCGCCCGGGGAGCUGUGGCACAACGCGCCCUGCUGCAGGCCCACCCACCACGAGGACAUGGCCUUCCUCGAUAACUCGCACCGCUGGCACAAGGUGGAGAAGCUGUCGGCAGCGGGCUGCAGCUGUGUGGGCUAG